AUGACCAGGCACUACCCUCCAGAAGGUGGUGCGGCACAUGACCGGGGUGAUGAACAUCUUGAAACGGUGGGUGAUAUUGGCCAGCAUGGUUUUUCCGAUGAAGCCUAUCACAAUAAUCCCGAUGAUGCAGAAGAUCACCAACCACAAGUUGAGGAAACUUUAGUGGAUGCACCGGAUUGUCCCCCCAAUCCACCAUCCAAAUCCCCCAAGAAGGAUGAACCCAAACCAUCACUUGAAGUCGAUGCACCGGGUUGUGACCCAAAGCCAACCGCCAGCAAGGCUGGGGGCCCUGCUCCAGAAGGUCUUGUGGCCACUCCUUGCCGCAAUACACCGACGGUUGGUGGUGCUUCCCCAGGGUCAACUGAUUUGGGAACCCCAAGCUCAAUGGAUUCAAUUGGUGAUAAAUCUGCGGAAACCCCCAUCCCUGGUGAACUGAGAUUGUCCGAGAAUGCCAUCAAUCUGAGACUUCACAGGGUGAUGAAGCUUGAUUCCAAAGGCAAUUCCAGGGUUGGCGAUGAGAUCCGUAAGCAAUUUCAUUGCAAGAAGGGCAAGCUUCGGUUGCAGCAAAUUUUCCAGAGUUGCGGUUUCAACCCGGACGUAUUCUGUGAAGAGCUGGAACUGGUCCAAGAGGAUCUGCUGGCGAAUGACCUGGUAAUCGAGGGGGAGUUCAUGAGUGAAGAGACAAUGAAAACUGAAUGGAAAUGGUCCCAGCGUGAUCGAUACGAGGACCUUGUCUUGUACUGGGCUGAAACAGCCGUCAAGGAGGGUGCUGACCUGUCUGCCUAUGAUGCCCCUGUUUGUUUGGGUGGACCCGCUGAUAAAAGGAUCCGUGACUUCACCCCACAGAUGGGGAAGAAGGAUGCUUUGAACAUAGGUUCUGAGGGUUCGGAUUUGGAGAUGAGCCCAGCAGAGUGCAAAGCUCGGGAAGCCGAGUCCCGGGCACAGGUGGAGCGAAAGAAAGCAGGGUUGCCUGAGUUGGAGGUGGAUCAAUUACCUUCCACCAUCGCAACCAAAAUGAUGACAUGUCUCUCCAAGCGCAUGAGCAAAUUGGAGAAGGGUCUUGAGCGAUUUGGUGAUGGUGCUACCCUGUCGAUGAAGGAGAAGAUGGAGAAAGUGAUGGCCGACCUCAAAGAUCAUUCCAGUGAAAUUGACAAGAUUUACACGUUGGGUGUUGUGGACGGUCGCUUGAAAUUGCCAGAUGAAACCUGGGUCGCGGCCAUGCGCUUGUGGUUGCUGUAUCUCCCAUGCGAAGAAACAAAACGAUAUGUCGGUAAUUUUCUGUCUGUUUACCGGGUGCGGCCCACCAACGUCGAAGAAGGCAAUAGCGACCACAGUGGCGUAGAUGAAGCUUUGGUGGUCACGCCUGCCACCUUGCCUGUAGCUAUGCAAACGUCGUUUCGGCAAACUGGCAAGCGCGCUGCGAAUCCAAAGCGUGGUGAUGCAGCUGCUAUGGAUGAUCCCGUGCUUGCGAGUUAUGAAGAAGCAGCACAGCAAGCUGAAGCCGCUUGGCAAGCCCCGCCCGCUGCAGGUCCUGUUCCAGGCAGAAAUCCAUAUGAAGCACAGGCAUCGGCCGAUACCCGAAAAAAAAUUGAAGACGUUAGGCAAGCGCAGGCAAACGCCGACGCCGCAAGCAACAGCACCGACCGUCGGAUCCUGGCAAGCGGUUGCUCAGGAUACCGUGCAGAAAGUGGAUCAGUUCCUCGUUGA